UCCACGAGUCCAGCCGUGAGUUCGGGGGAGGAGUGCGGGCUCUUUUCCCGAACAGCGGCUGGUAAUCGAGCCUAUCACAUACACGGCCCCCAUGUAUAUGCACAUGUCUAUCUUCAGAGAAAAUGCUGAAUAUGUGAACAGUCAAUUGGAUUGCAAUACCGUGGAAAUAUAAGUUAACUAGCUCAGAGAGUUCAUGUUUAUUCACCAUUCUAAGCCUGCAGAAUAUCUUGCGACAUGAAAACACAUUCUUAGCGGGAGUUUUAGCUUUUUAAAAUACUCUUUCAUCAGAGCCAGUAACAGACUCAGAAGCAUCGUCCGAGAAUAAGUUUUUAUUAAUUAAUCGGGAAACAACUGAUGAAUGGCCAUGAAUUUACAUUCAAAAUUUCUGGAGGCAUGUUCCUGGUAAAGCUGGUUUAGAGGGAGAUUGGAAUAAAAUCAGAUGCCUAUAGUAUUUAACAGAAGAAGUAAGCUUAAUACCGAACGUGCGAAUACAAAACCGGCCGCGCGCGAGCGACUCACCAUUCUUCUGAUUAUUAUCCCAUUCGCCAGUGUAUCGAUCGCCAUUUACUGAAUACACCGUGUGAUGAACGCCUUUCUUCUGUGCUUUAUAAUCCCAUUCUCUCCACAACGGUUCGUUUUUCUUGGGCUGUUUAGUGAUCGGCAUUUUGUUGAAGAUUCCCCAACUGAAGCUACAAAUUAGACAAUUAUUUACCUCUGUAACUAAGGGCAGGCCAGGUUACUCAGGCAAUACCCAUGAUGCUUUUCCACCCUUACAUACAAAAUGGCCGCCUACAUGGACGUCUUCGAAAGAACGACUAAAAGAACGACGAAAAAUAACUGUUAACUGUAGUUUACUUGCUUUACUAUAAUACUAUGUGUAGUACAAGAAUUUCACGCGAUGGAAAACUUAAAUAACGAGAUAUCAACUGAAGGAGAAGGGGAAGCUUGCUAUGGAAUUGUUAGCAAUAUUCCGAAAGAAUUCCGCUCGGCUGAUUUACGAGCAAUGUUCUCAAACUUCAUUAAUGGCGAAACUGAGGGAUUCAAAUGCUUUCACUUUCGACAUCGUCCUGAGUUUAGAUGCGAAGUAGAGACAAAUGGCGAAGAUAAAGAGGUCCAGUCAUCCAAUACUACAUGCUGUGUUGUAAUGAUCUUAAAGAAAAAACUGAAAGAGUUGAUCAAGAGUUAUCACGGUAAAAACUGGGUUGACCGUAAUGGAAAAUAUUUUCCUUCCAAAGCAGUGAUAUCAAAAAUUAGAAUCAAAGAAGGAAAAGACCUCUCCUAUAGAACAAGGCAGGAAAAGAGUCAACAUUCUUUUACAAGGACAAACUUAGAAUUCUCACACCAUGACCUUAACGAACUGAAAGAGCUGCACCCUCCUCCACUGAUGCCAAAUGGUAAUGUUGGAACACCUUUGUUGGUAUUCAUGGAGUUGAUAAGAACUUGCAAGCUCCCUCCCCAUGUCAUAAAAAAACUAGACUUAAAUUUUGCUGCGGGCCAGUCUAAAAAGAAAUACAGCAAUGUUCCACUUGAUUAUAAAUCUUUGGAAAAAGAUCGCACUUCAGCUGCAAGAGGACCUAAAAGAAAGCUGGUUCCUUGUACAGUAACGGACUGCAUGCAAGGUGGAUCCAAGGAAAAUGACCCUUCAUCGUCUGCAUGUAGUCUAGAAAUGCUGGAGUUUCAGACAUCAGAACAGUGUAACAGUGAAAAUGGUUCUGACUGUGAAGAACUUGACAAGAUUGAGGCUGAUCAUGAUAGUGAUGUAGAGGAAUGGGACAGACAUGAAUCAUUGCACAAUGAUGUUACAAGUCAAGAACGAACAAAAGAGAGACUGUUUGAAGAGGAUAUUGAACUGAAGUGGGAGAAAGGCGGUAGUGGUCUUGUGUUUUAUACUGAUGCAGCAUUCUGGAAAGAACAGGAGGAACCAACUUUUGAUGAGGAGACUGCUGACGAUUGGGAUGUGGACAUGGAAAUCUAUGAAAAUCCAGACGGGGGAGACAAAGAUUCCCGAGACCUUCUUCAGAUGCGAAUAGAAAAGCAGUGGAGAAAAGGGAAUGAUAUUGACCUGAAUAAAAUUGGAGGUUUUGAGAAAUAUACCAGAGGAUUUGGGGGCCAGCUGAUGAGAAAGCAAGGGUGGAAGGAAGGGGGAAGCCUUGGGUUGUCCCAGGUGGGGAUAACGGAACCUGUUAUUGCUGAAGGACAACUGCCAAAGUCCAAGAAAGGCUUAGGCUACUAUGGUGAAAAGUUACAGCGACAAGUGAAACGACCAAGAGCUGAAAGAAAUGUCAUUAUAUCAACUAUUUAUGAUGAGCCAGACAACAAUGAGGAGAAUGUGUUUGAAUCAUGGGGACCUGAUAAACUCAAGUAUGUAAACAAUGUUGAUUUCGUGCCUGGGAAAUCCCAUCCAGAACAAAGCAGGAAAAUAUGACUGCCAAAGUCUGACCUUACA